GCUUGCGGCCAUGCGGCGUGGGGGCUGUACGGCGCCCCCCAGGAGGAGGAGGAGGAGGAAGGGGGCGCGGGGGCGGGAGGGGGCCCCGCAGUUCGUGGUGCACGAGACAGAGGAGGCGGCGCUGCUGCUCGUGCCCGCGGCGGGCGAGGAGGGCGCGCGCGGACCCCGCAAGAAGCGGCGCGUGGCCGGCGGGGAGGCGGCCAAGGGGGAGGCGGCAGGGGGGGUCCCGGCGCCCGACAGCGGUUGGGGCGCGCGCCUCCCGGCCGAGCUGCUGGUGCGCGUCUUCGGGCUGGCAGUGGCGGCAGAGGGCGGCUCGGUGCCCUUCCUCUGCCGGGCGGCCCGUGUGUGCCGGCUCUGGUACCGAGCAGCCUCGGCGCCCGUCCUAUGGCGGAAGGUGGCGGUGGGGCACUGCUGGGCGCCCCCGGGGCAAAAGUGGCCCCCCGCGCUGCAGAAGAGGGCCCUGGGCACCCUCGAGUGGCUGGCGGCUCGCAGGUUCUCUCACCUGCGGGACUUCACGCUCAGCCACUGGAGGAGCCACGUCCCGCCCGUCCUGCAGGCCAUUGUCGGCUCCUGCGCCCUCCUCUCGUCUCUCCGGCUCUCCCACUGUAGUGGCAUCACCACCCAGGCUCUUUGCCUUGUGGCCGAGUCUUGCCCUUGGCUGGUGAGCCUGAAUUUGCAGGGUUCCCAGGUUGACCCAUGGGCAGUCACCAGCUUCUUGGAGGUUGCUGGCAUGCGGAUGCAGCAGCUCUCGCUGACGUACAGUAGCCGCAUGAGUGCCAUCAUUGCUCUUCUGGUGGGCGGCUGCUGUCCGGACCUGCAGCUCCUUGAGGUCAAUGCUGAAAUCAAGCAAAGCACCCAGCACUUCCAGCUCCCCAUCGAGCAGCUCCAGGCAGCCUCUCCGCAGCUGCAGGUGCUGCGGUUGCUCAAUGUCACCUACUACCCGAAGUUGCUCCCUAGCUCCUCCCCGCCGUCUCUGGGCUUCCCGCAGCUGGAGGAGCUGUGUUUGGCCACGACUGCUUUCUCUUUUGUGGAUGAUAACAUGCUGCGGCGGAUCCUGUGCACGUCAAGCCGGCUCCGGGUCCUCGACCUGCGUGGUUGUUUCCGUGUGACGCCCAAAGGGCUGGAACAGCUGCCGUGCCCAGAUCUGGAGCAGCUCUACCUGGGCCUGCACUACAGCGCCAGUCAUCUGUCCCGGCCCCUGGAAGGCAGCCCGCUUCUCACCUGGAAAUGGCGGCACAGCUUGCGGGAGCUGGAUUUGGCUGGGCAGAGCUUCAGUGAGCAGGACCUGGAGCGGGCGAUGGCUGCCUUCAUUCAGGGAGGGGGUGACGGAGGGGCCCCAGUGUUGUGCUCUCUCAGUCUCACUGGGACCAAGGUUGCCCUCAGUACUGUCAGCGCCCUGAUUGCCAGCUGCCCUGCCCUUGCCUACCUCAACCUCUCCUCUUGUCGCCAUUUGCCCCGGGGCACGAAGAAAGCCUAUCGUGGUCCUGAUGAAGUCCGCCAGUGUUUGCACCAGCUCUUGACCAGCUUGGAGGAGCAAGACAGACUGGGGGGUGCGGCUUAGAGGCCAGUUCUCCGAGCUCUUUGGGCUGCAGCAAGAUGAGAGCCUUUUCCGGAGCUGCAAACUUUCCAGGGUGGCUGGUCCUUUGCUCCUACUUCGAAGGUGCAGCAAGGAAAUUCAGCCCUUCCCCCAUGGAAUCUCCCCACAGUGUCAGAAAGAAAAAUGUUUAAGCAACUUCUCAACUCUCUCUUUUGAACCUAUUUCUAUUCUAUUUUUUAAUAUUUGUAGAUUCAAAUUCUGUCUGAAUAAAAAGGUUUUUAUUUCCGCA